AUGGAUCGAGAUAUAGCUCUUACGUUUGCUCAAAGCGCUCGACAGGAUUCUCGCUUGAUUGGUAUUAUCUAUCAUAUAAAUAUUGAUCCUGUCUAUCUCAAAUCUGCUUUAUUCGCUUCAUUGGAUAAUGAGAGUUAUUACAAAGUGGAAAAUGAGUUUUUAUUUACUAUGUAUACGAUAUUUCGAAUCGGAGAAAUAAUACAACUUGGAUCGGAAUUGUGGCAAGUGGAACUCUCACUAGCAAGUGAUAAAGAUGAGGAAUUAAAGAAACUUGCUGAAAAUAUUCGACAAGCAACACAAGGAUCAACAGGAUGGAGUCGGCUUGGUAAAAUGUUGUUGACAAUGGGAAAGUUCGAAAAAGCUGAGAAAGUUCUCCAAAUACUUAUCAACAAAUCAUCCGAACAUGAUUUAGAACGGCUUGCUGAUCUUUAUCAUCUAAUGGGUUCAGUUAAAGAACAUAAAAAGGAAUACGACCAAGCAAUGAUGUUAUAUGAAAAGGUACUAAACAUCUAUCGAUCAUCACCUGACUUGAAUCAUUUACAUUUAGCUAAACUUUACAAUGACAUUGGUUCAGUAUAUCUAUUUAAAAAAGAAUAUUCAAAAGCACUAGAAUAUUAUGAAAUGGCACUGAACAUACAAGAAAAAUCUGAUCUUUUAAACGAUUCAGAUUUAGUAAUUACAUAUGGCAAAUUGGCAGAAAUUUAUAAACACUUGCGUGAUUAUCCUCAAUCUUUACGAUUCUACCAAAAGGAGUUAAAUAUUUAUAAAAAAUCUACUCCUUUCAAUUAUUUAAAAUUGGCUACUAGCUACGAACAUAUCGCUGAGAUUCAUUACAAUAUGAAAGAAUAUUCCGAAGCAUUAAAAUUAUUUCGAAAGGUGUCUAAAAUUCGAGAAAAUCAUUUACUUCAAAAUAAUACAAAAAUAGUUAUUAGCCAUAAAAAUCUUGGCAAAGUACUUGGCAAAUUGGGAUCUUAUCUAGAAGCAAUCGAACACUAUCAAUAUGCACGUCAUAUCUUGGCAAAAUCUGCUCCGGUGAACUUUUUAGAAUUGGCUAUGAUUUGUUAUAAAAUGGCUGAGAUCUAUAAGAAAAUAGGAAACAAGCUAAAAACACUCGAAAUAUAUCAAGAGACGUUAAUAAACUUAGAUAGAUCUUCACAUCGAAAAGAAAAGAUUUCAGCGACUAUACACGACAAUAUUGGUCAAGUUUAUGAAAGUUUAGGUGAAUACGAAAAAGCAGUAAUCUCUUAUAGACAAGCCAUCCAGAUUGAACAACUAUUAUCGCCUCAAAAUGAUAUUCAACUUCAAUUAUAUAAAAAACAUCUUUCUCAAGUUCGAAAAACAAUUAAAUAA